UUUCAAGCGCGCAAGAACAAAGAAUCUGAGUACGGGAGCAAUCAAAUGUUGAUGAAGCUAGUCUACAAUGUCGUAUAACAAUCGUCUUCUGAUCAUUGAUCGUGAAUAUAGAUGACGCUGAGGAAGCGGAUUAAAUACAGAUCUCCGAGUUUCUGUUCUAUAUCAGUUCGGGAAAUUUGUAAGCGAGAUGAUUAUUUCUUGGAUUGCAGCUAUGACGCGGAGAUCAAAGCGCCUUGGCAGUGGAUGUUGAUAUAUCAGAUGGAUUCUUUUGUAACUUCAUCAUCUAGUACACAUGCAUGCAGGAAUAUGUUCCUCUCUUACGGCGAGAUGUAUAUGAUAAUUCUUUAGCUUCUCAUUGUACUACUAGAGAACAGGUCUUAUAUAUUAUCUCAAUGAAUAUUCCAGAAUGACUUAGGGCUGAAGAUUUAUAUAAUAAGAUGGAUGUGAAAGAUAAGUCUGCACCUGAUCUGCUAGGUUUGUUUAGAUCUUGGAUUCCUAAACGAACCGAACCAGUAAAUGUGUCCAGGGACUUCUGGAUGCCUGAUGAUAGCUGUAGGGUAUGCUAUGAUUGUGACUCUCAAUUCACUCUGUUUAACCGUAAGCAUCAUUGUCGACUAUGUGGGCGAGUAUUUUGUGCUAAUUGUACGCGGAACUACAUCCCUACCCUGUCUACUGAGCUAAGGUUUGUGAGAGAAGAGUGGGAAAAGAUUAAGGUUUGUAACUUCUGUUUCAAACAAUGGGUGGAGGGUUUAGUAACAAUUGACACUGGGAUUCAGGAUUCAAUGAUUGAUCACCUUGGGUCGUCACCAUCAGCAUCAAGUUCUGUAAGCAACAGAUCGAAUGGAACUACUGAAAGCUGCAUUACCUUUUCAUCAUUCCCUCAAUCAAUGGUAUCUAAUCAACAAAUUCAUCGUUCUGUUCUCAGCCCACACCAAUCAGUGCCAUUGGAGAUUGGAGUAGAUGAACAAGAAAUGGCAGUAUCCCAGAAUGACACAGAAUAUGCCGCUGACAUAAUGAAUCCAUCUCCCACUCAAUUAAGAUUCUAUAUGAACAGGGGGGAGAAUGAUGAUGCAUUUGGAGUUCAUCCUUUAGAGUCAAAAGGAGGGCAUUUUUGUCAGGUUAAUGACUAUUAUGAACAAGUUGAUUUUGAUGAGAUCGAUCAUGAUUAUAGAUCUCCAAAGUUGCCUGUUGAUACAGAAGCAAUUGAUGCUAACAGUGUGAGCAGUUCUUCAUGUCACCAUAGUUCUGAUUCAGGAGGUUCUGAUGGAGUGCAACAACCUGUGAAAAAGGAAGUUGAACAUGACAUUGGUGAUGAAUGUGAAUUAACUUCUUCUCUGUAUGCUGCAGAAGAUGUGGAUUUAGAACCUGUUGAUUUUGAUAAUAAUGGACUUCUCUGGCUCCCUCCUGAACCUGAGGAUGAAGACGAUGAUAGGGAAACUGUUUUGUUUGAUGAUGAUGAUGAUGGUCCUGCUGUUGGAGAAUGGGGAUAUUUACGUACUAUGAGUAGUUGCGGGAGUGGUGGGAGUGGGAGUGGUGGGGAGCAUAGAGAUAAGGACAGCUCAAAUGAAGAACCGAAAAUGACAGUAAAAAAUGUGGUUGAUGGGCAUUUCAGGGCUUUGGUAGCGCAGUUAUUGCAGGUUGAGAACCUACCAUUAGGAGAAGAUGGCGAUAACGAUGGUUGGUUAGAGAUAAUCACUUCUUUAUCAUGGGGGGCUGCUACAAUACUAAAGCCAGAUAUUAGCAAAGGUGGGGGAAUGGACCCAGGUGGUUAUGUAAAAGUUAAGUGCAUAGCUUCCGGGCUUCCAUCAGAGAGUAUGGUUGUUAAGGGAGUUGUUUGUAAGAAAAAUGUGGCUAAUCGGCGAAUGAGGUCAAGAAUAGAAAAACCUCGCUUGCUGAUCCUUGGAGGGGCUCUGGAGUAUCAGAGGGUUACAAAUGUUUUGUCAAGUUUUGACACUUUGCUGCAGCAGGAAAUGGACCAUCUGAAGAUGGCUGUUGCGAAGAUAGAAGCUCACCAACCUGAUAUCCUUUUGGUAGAGAAAUCAGUUUCUAGAUAUGCACAAGAUUAUCUUUUGGCCAAAGGUAUAUCACUUGUGCUCAACAUCAAACGGCCCAUUUUGGAGCGUAUUGCCAGGUGCACAGAUUGUCAGAUUAUCCCAACUGUUGAUCACAUUUCAUCUCAAAAGUUGGGAUACUGCGAUAUCUUCCAUGUAGAGAGACUUCUAGAAGAGCAUGGCACUAGCAGGCCAAGUAGAAAAAAGUUGAAGACAUUGAUGUAUUUCGAGGGUUGCUCAAAACCAUUGGCAUAUACAAUAUUACUUAAAGGUUCCAAUUUAGAUGAAUUAAAGAAACUGAAGCAUGUGGUUCAGUAUGGAGUGUUUGCAGCCUAUCACUUAUCUGUAGAAACAUCUUUUCUUGCUGAUGAAGGGGCAACUCUGCCUGAGCUCACUCUUAACUCACCAAUAACAGUGGCACUACCCAAUAAACCACUAGGCAUUGAGAGGUCCAUCUCAACAGUCCCUGGUUUUUUCGAUGCUUGUGAAGAAAAUGCUCAAGCAUCUGAACCUUGUACAAUACCACAAAGGUGUAACAGUGUCCCCGCUUUAAAAUUAGUUUCUUCCAUACCCCCUGAUUUUCUGGACACAUUGGAUUCAGCAAUUUUGUCUGAUUCACCAGAGGCUUCCUCCCUUGAGAACAUGCAAUUCAUUUCAAGCUCCUUCAAUUUUGCAACAACUUUUCCUGCUGGUGACUUGUCAGGACAAGAAGACACAGACUCCCCCCACUUUGAAUCCUUAUAUUGUCCUCCAUCUCAUGAGAAAACUACAUCAGAUUCAAAUGAGCAUUCAGAAGAUACAUUUUCUGCUGGCAUUAUUCCUAAUGAAUAUAUCCCUCCAGGUGCAACAGUAGAAGUUUCUGAUAAUGAAAAUCAUCUUAGCAUAGAUGUGACGUGUGUACAACCGGAUACAAACAAACCAAACUCCUCAAAUGAAGCAUUUCCUCCAUCACCUUCCGACCAUCAGAGCAUUUUGGUUUCCUUAUCAUCUCGAUGUGUUUGGAAAGGCAGUGUAUGUGAAAGAUCGCAUCUCUUUCGAAUCAAGUACUAUGGAGAUUCUGACAAGCCUUUGGGUCGAUUUCUACGGGAUCAAUUGUUUGAUCAAGGCUUUCAGUGCGCGUCAUGUGAGAUGCCAUCGGAAGCCCAUGUUCAUUGUUAUACCCAUCGACAAGGUACCCUUACAAUCUCUGUCAAGAGGUUGCCUGAAUUUCUCUUACCAGGUGAAAGAGAUGGGAAAAUCUGGAUGUGGCAUCGUUGCAUGAGAUGCCCACGUAUUAAUAGUAUCCCACCUGCAACAAGGAGAAUUGUUAUGUCAGAUGCUGCUUGGGGUUUGUCUUUUGGGAAGUUUUUGGAGCUUAGUUUUUCAAAUCAUGCAGCAGCAAGCAGAGUGGCUAGUUGUGGACACUCACUGCAUAGAGACUGUCUUCGCUUCUACGGAUUUGGUAAGAUGGUAGCCUGCUUUCGUUAUGCCACUAUUGAUGUUCAUUCAGUCUAUCUUCCACCCUCUAAACUUGACUUCAGUUAUGAAGAGCAAGAGUGGAUUCAAAAGGAAAUGAAUGAGGUCUUUGGCCGAGCAGAGCUGUUAUUUGGGGAAGUAUUCGAUGCUCUCAAAAAGAUGGGAGAAAGAAGAUCUGGCUCAGAAGGUCAACUAUCUGAGCUUGAAAUAAUGGUACAAAAAGAAAAGGUAGAAUUUGAGGAAUCCUUCCAGAAACUUUUGAAUAAGGAACCGGUCGUUGAUAUUCUAGAGAUUAAUAGAUUAAGAAGACAAUUACUCUUUCAGUGUUACAUGUGGGAUCACCGCCUGAUUUAUGCAGCUAACAUAGAUAGCAACAAUCUUCCAGGUGGACAGUGUAUAUUUGAUAACCAGAACCUGGAGAAACCUGCAAAUGUUAACGAAUCUGAAUUGAAACCCACCCUUAAAGUAUGCGACUAUACUGUGCCUGUGGAUGUGAAGACCAGUGAGAAUAAUAACAACGGUAAUGAUGUAAGAGUUCCUAUGAAAUAUGGUAAAGACGACCUCUUUGUUGAAUUUGACGGUUCAGAACCCAGAUUAUCCAUCCCAAGAACCCUAUCAGAUGGGACAGCAACGGUUAAUUUGUCAGACACCCUUGAAGCUGCUUGGACAGGUGAAAACCAUCCAAAAGCUAAUGUUUGUGCUUCCCCGAAGACAAUUGCUAGUAUCUAUUCUUGCGAGAAGCUGCCGCCGGUUGAGAAAGAUAAUUUGGAAGUCCACACAACACAGAAGGAUGAUAUUGUGCCUAUUAUAAUAUCAUCAUCAUCCAAUACUACUACUAAUACUAAUACUACUCCGACCCCGACAAAAGGAUCUGAAAGACUGGAAGAUUCUAUAAGCUGGUUAGGAAUGUCGUUUAUAAGUUUUUACCGUUCGCUAAACAAGAAUUUCUUGGGAAACGUUCGUAAACUCGACACUCUGGUCGAGUACAACCCAGUUUACAUUUCGUCGUUUCGUGAGUUAGAGCUUCAAGGGGGUGCUCGUCUGCUUCUUCCAGCUGGAGUUAACGAUACUGUUCUUCCCGUUUACGAUGCCGAACCGACGAGUAUCAUAUCGUACGCUCUGGUCUCCCCGGAUUACAUUAAUCAACUCUCGAACGAAAACGAAAAACAGAGAGACAGCAAUAACUCGGAACAGUCGUUGCAAUCUUCUUCAGAUCAUGUAUAUUUUCAAAGGGCGUAUUCGUUUGAUAUUGGAAACUUGGAAAUUGGUACUGAAGAGAGUGGGAACUUACCGUUUGGGAAAGAUUUGCAUGCAAGGGUUUCUUUUGGAGACGACGGUCCACUUGGGAAGGUUUUGUAUACGGUGACUUGCUAUUAUGCAAAGUGUUUUGAGGCGUUGAGGAGAUUGUGUUGUCCGUCGGAGAUGGAUUAUAUUAGGUCUCUUAGCCGUUGCAAGAAAUGGGGAGCUCAAGGUGGGAAGAGUAAUGUGUUUUUCGCCAAGACUUUGGAUGAUCGUUUCAUUAUUAAACAGGUUACCAAGACUGAACUUGAAUCUUUCAUAAAAUUUGCUCAUGAGUAUUUCAAGUAUAUAAGUGAAUCGAUUGUUACUCGAGGUCCCACGUGUUUAGCCAAGAUUCUUGGAAUUUAUCAGGUGGUAACAAAGCAUGGAAAAGGAGGGAAGGAAACAAAGAUGGACGUUCUAGUGAUGGAGAAUCUUCUAUUCGGAAGAGAAUUAACCCGUCUCUAUGAUCUAAAAGGAUCAUCUCGAUCGCGUUACAAUUCAGACACUAGUAAAAACAAGAUCUUACUUGACCAAAACUUGAUAGAGGCAAUGCCAACCGAUCCAAUCUUCAUGGGAAACAAGGCAAAACGUUCCUUAGAAAGGGCUGUAUGGAAUGACACAUCUUUUCUCGCGUCUGUGGAUGUAAUGGAUUAUUCAUUGCUGGUUGGAGUUGACGAAGAGAAACACGAACUAGUAGUGGGUAUAAUAGAUUUCAUGAGACAGUAUACUUGGGAUAAACAUCUAGAAACAUGGGUGAAGGCUUCUGGGAUUCUGGGCGGACCGAAGAACGCUUCUCCUACUGUUAUAUCGCCUAAGCAAUACAAGAAGAGGUUUAGAAAAGCCAUGACUACUUAUUUUCCCAUGGUACCUGAUCAAUGGUCUCCACCUUCUAUUAUUACAAGUAAUUCCCAGACAGACUUCUCUGAAGAAAACUGCGCGAAAAAAGACACAUUCCUCUCUGAAGAUAACAACAAUGUCCUUCAACAACAACAACAAGACGGGACUUCUCCUGAUUAGCAC